AUGGACCUCAUACAGGAAUAGUAAUCGCUAAUGCAUUUGAAAACUGUAUUCGACAAAUAAGAAUUCUCUCAAAGCUAGUAGCAGUGACACAUGACAAUGCAUCUUCAAAUAUUAAGUUUUUAUCUGAAUUUUCAAAUUUUGUAGUACAA